UUUAUUUUUCCCUAUCUGCCAUUGCAAAUUAAGUAAUUUUUUUGACAUGACAUGAUAUUUGCACGUGUUUAACUGUGUAGAUUCAUAUCUAAUUAAAAACUAUAUGACAUCGUAAUUUAAGUGUAACAUAAGAUAUCAGCGAUGGAGGGGUUAGAUAUAGAUAUGGAGGAUUUAGAAUCAAGACUUUACAGUCAAGUUUAUCAUUCCCCUGCGGAAAAUAACAAUCCUCAAACACAAAAACAAGAAACUCCAACAAAUGUUAUUGCGGAAUUUAAGCGACCUUCAAGAUAUUUUCAAAUCCCCAUAAAAAAACCUGUUGUGACAGCACCUCCCGAGUUUAUACCUUUAUCUACAAACCAAGAAAUAAGGGAUAUUCAGGAAAAUACGCAUCGAACGAUUUUCAACAAUCGUUAUUAUAAAGGAAUUGAUAUGAUGGAACCACCGGUGAUUUCGCCGUUUCAACCUCAUAAUAAUUUCAUUAUUGUGCCACCUAUAGUGCCUACGCAAAUUAUCUCUCCAAAUGUAUUUCCAAACAAAAAUUUUGAAAAAUAUUUGAAGAGACAAGAAAAAGUUGAAGCUAAGAAACAAAAAAAUCUUGAAAAAAGAAAAAGGUAUAAACAAAAGAAGAUGUUGAGGAGGCAACAAAUGAAAGAAGAAGCGCUUGCCUUAAAAGCUCUCAUUCAACAAGAAAAAAACGAAGUAGAGUCUAAAACAACAGAUAAUAACAAAGUUUUCAUUGAACAUUCUUUAACGGUAAAACCGUUAUCGAGGGAUUCCCGAAACAAUUCAGUUAUUGUAUUAUCUGAAAGUGAUAAUAAUAGCGAUUGUGAGGAAAUAUUAGAAAAAAGAGAAGUAGUGGAGUUAAGUUCGGAUGACGAUGUAAAACAAGAAGAAACCCGACCUCUUGAUACAUCGACACCUGAUCCCACUUUAAAUAGUAUUAAAACAGAACCAGGCAGUUCCGAUAGUUUAAACACAAGUAAAACCGACGAUGAUGUAAUUUUCAUCGAACCCGAAUCGAAACAUAUAGAAGUAAUUGAAAUAGAUUGUGAUUCCGUUAGUGCCAGUCUUAAAGACGAUGAAAAACAUAGCGAAACAGCUUCAACAAAUUCGGAUAUAAAAAUACCAAACAUUCCUCAAUUGCGAUUAAGACGGGAAUUAAGAACACCUGAUUCGGCUUCGAAUGAUUUUCUCGAUAAUUCCGUUGACGUGAAUAAUUCGAAAUUUAAUUUUAGUCUACACGGAAGUGAUUUUAGAAACACUAAUAAUUCUUCAAAAAAUGUUAUUGAUAUGUCUGAAACUGAUAGCACAACGAGUGAUGCUACUCUCCCCAAAACUAAUCAUUUCAAUACCGUUGAUUUUGAAACGCCAACGAAACGAUUUUUUGAUGAUACAAAUCUCGAAUCGUUUGGUAAUUAUAUAACACCGAGUAGGGAUAACUCGAAUCGCGUUGAAAAAGAUAGUUUUGAACAAGUUUGUACGCUAGCUAGUCAACGACAUACCGUAGCUGCGACGAAUUCAAGUUCGGAUGAUUCAAGCUCAGAAAGUGAUUAUGAAGAAAAUAAAGUUAGUUGUUUAAAUUCGAAACAAUUACCUCAACUUUCUUCUGUUAAUAGAGAUAAUGAUUUAGAUGUAGUUGAACCAGAUAAAACGUUGGGAGAUUCUUCUCUUUCCAUAACAAAAUUAGUUACAGAAGAAAUCCCUAGUACUUCUCAAUUAGAUCAAACAUUAAUUGAAACAAAGAAGCGAAAAUCUGAAAGUUUGGAUACAUCUACAAGUAAAAAACGAAAGACACAAAAUCAAAAUGAUACAACUAUUGAAGAUAAAGAUAAAAAUAAUGAUACUGUUAUUUCUGAUAUUGAUAUAGAAAGUAAUCCCAAUUUUAUAAUCAUUGAUGAAACGUUUUGUAAUGAACCAAAUGCACAAAAUAGUGAUGAUGAUGAUACUGAGUCAUAUUUUAGUUGUGAUGAUUUCAAUAAUAUCACAUCCGAUCUAAAAUUGGGAAAUUGUCAGGAGGAAACAAAGAGGAGAGGUGAAGACAAAGGAAUUAAAGAAAAAAAAAUAUCGCAACAACCUGAGGCUUCUAAUUCAGUGAAUAGAGGUGGUGAAGAAAAGAUUGAUUAUUUAAAUUUUUCUGUGGAAAAAGUUCAACAAACAAUGUCAGAUAAUCCGGAUGAUUGGAAAAUUUUGGAUAUUGAUCGUUUACAUUUUCGUUAUGAAACUCCAAGGGGCCCUAGAUGUCACCGAUGUCGAGAGGUUGGUCACAUGGCUCUUCAUUGUACAAACAAACAAGGUCCGCGUCCUUGUAUUCUUUGUGGGGAGAGAGGCCAUCAAGAUCCACGGUGUCCCUUGGCAAUGUGUACAUCUUGUGGAAAUCUUGGCGGACAUACAACUUAUUGUAGUAGAUGUGCUCAUUGGCAGAAAGUCCAAUGCCAUCUUUGUAAAUUGUAUGGACACAUUGAUUCAGUUUGUCCAGAUUUGUGGCGAAGAUAUCAUUUAACUACCAAACCGGGACCAAUUGUAAAACCACGCGAGGAAACUUUUAAAGAUGAAAGAGAUCGUUGGUGUGCGUUAUGCUCAAAAUCGGGUCAUUUAGAAAAUAAAUGUCGCCGUGGUAAUCGAACACAUCCAGUUACAAACCCUCAAAUUCAAUUUUAUGUUGAUUUAUACAAUUUUCCAAAAGAUCAACCGUUUAUCUACCAUAAAGAAGACGAAUUAGAAUCAGAAAAUAUUAAUUCUAACGAGGCCAAUAAGGUUGCACCUGAAGAGUGUAGUUUUCAUGAUGCUCAAACUGGAAGUCCUGAUAAAAUUAUCGAGGAAAAACUCAAAAAUCAAAAGAAAAACGAACAAAAUAUGUAUUUUAAUGUUGAUUUUCCUCCAACCAAAUUCAUCCCUAAUUACUUUUUGAAACAAAUAAAUUAUUUGAAAGGGAAGUACUUAGGCGGAGAAAACACAUCAACCGGAUGUAGAGUUGAGUCUAGAAAUGGAGUUGAUUCCGAUGAAGUUUUAUUCAAAAAGCCAGUUUCUUUACAAGAGUACAUUAGUUUGGAAAGUAAACCAAUUCCACAAGAAAAUGGUGCGAAUAAUUUCAUUGAUGAUCUUUUAAAAAUGAAUGAUGACAACGUUGAAAUAUAUAAUUCACCUUAUAAAGUACCUGUCAUAAAAUACCAAAGAAAUUUAACAGGAUAUGAUGAAACGUUAAAACUAAACUAUUUACAAUUUGCUUAUAUGAAUACAGAUCAAGGAUUGUGUUUUAUUAAUAGUUUAAGACGAAGACGAGGACUGCAACUAAUAGUUGAUAAAUAUGAUGAUUCACCAGGUGGUGAGAUUUUUUUGAAAAGUUCACUGGAAAUUGACGUUAAAAAUGUGCGUGAAGAAAUAUUACGGUAUUUAGGCGAUAUGCCCUCAAUACAUGAGUUACCUCAGCAAUCCAAACAAAUGUUGGACUUUUUGAUAAAGCAUAAGGAAACUUUGGAUAAAGCUGAAGGCAAUUGCUGGACAUUAUGCAAGAGGCUUUGCAAAUUAUCUGAUGAUAGUAGAAAAGCUGGUUAUAAUCAAGAAACAGCAAAACUAAGAGAUAAUAUGCAAACAACUAUACAACUCUUACUUUUUGGUAAACUAAAUGUGGGACAAGGUUCAAAUCACGUUAAAAAUAUUAACGUAUGGAUUAAUCGCCUUCAGUCCAAAUUAAAUUAUAAAAUGCCAUUAAAUGAUAUUUAUAACAUACAGCAUUCUUAUUCGUAUUUAUUUGAACCCAGGAAAUCGAUUAUGCCAUUCAAACAUAUUUGUUCUAAAUACGACCAUUACAUUUCACCAAGUGUUGAGUCAUCAAAUCAAAAACGGCGAAAAAUUCCGUUCAAAAAUCGAAUAUACUUUGAAAAUAAAAGAAAGUACGUUAUAGAUACUUGUAAAAGGUAUAAUUUCCCUAAUAAGUUUUUGACUGAACUCAAAAGUAUUCAAAAUGCUAUGGAAUCGUCAGAAUAUUCUAGAGUUCAUUAUGGACAUUUUUUGAAAUUUAUGGCAAAGUUUCGUAGUUAUAUGAAGAAACAAAGAAUAUCAUAAGAGAAUCUAAGAAGAUUACGUAAACUUAUUUUGUUGCCUUUUUUUAUUUGUUCAUAAAUAAUAAAUAUUCUAUUAAGCAAA